AUGGCCUCCACGAGCAAUUCGUCGAACACUCAUACUGACGUCGGUAGAGACAGCGCAACUGCAGAUACUCAUGAUCGUGGAAAUGAAAAUCCAAAUACGGAAUAUGAACAUAGUACAGCUUUCACUGCGACGAAAGCUCCGGUUACCUCGGCGCAGAGCUUUACGCCACGCUCGCUCGCCGUCGGCCUCAUUAUCGGAACAUUGAUUAUCUUCUCAAAUACAUAUUUCGGCCUCCAAACUGGCUGGAUGAGUCUUAUGACUAUGCCGUCAUCGCUAAUCGGCUUCGCUGUCUUCAAAAGCCUCUCGAAGCAUCUCUCGUUCCCCUUCACGCCAGUCGAAAACGUUCUCAUUCAGACUGUUGCCGGCGCAGUUGGAACAAUGCCAUUAGGGUGUGGGUUUGUGGGUGUUAUACCAGCAUUAGAAUAUUUGUUAAGAGACGGUGCAGACGGGCCGUCUGGAGAUGGCGGAAUAGGCGAAGGUGGCCCACUAAAUGUUGGCUUUUGGAAGCUGGUAAUAUGGAGUCUUGGAGUCUGCUUGUUCGGUGCAAUCUUCGCUGUGCCCUUGCGGAAAGAGGUAAUCAUCCGUGAAAAAUUACGAUUUCCUAGCGGGACUGCCACAGCAUUAAUGAUCCGAAUGCUACAUGGAGGCUCUAGAGAUGAAAAGACUGGAGAAACUACUGAGCAGACUCUAACAGGCGAAGACAGACUGUUGAGUCGUGGAUCUCUACCACAAGAGCGAUCAGCAACAUCCAACCUGGGAUCAAUAGAGCCUACCAAGAAUGACAGAAGGAAGGAUUGGAAGUCAAAGAUCCGCUUGCUUAUUGGCGCCUUCGCUGUCUCUGCUAUUUAUACCCUUUUUUCAUACUUCAUUCCUCAAAUCCGGGACCUUCCCAUAUUUGGAUUGUCACUUGCUCAAAAUUGGUUAUGGACUUUGAAUCCUUCUCCUGCCUAUGUCGGCCAGGGAAUCAUAAUGGGACCUUCGACCUCCAUGCAUAUGUUGUUUGGCGCUGUCUUAGGGUGGGCCAUCUUGUCCCCUAUUGCCAAGAACAAAGGCUGGGCACCUGGUCCCGUAGGAGACUGGGAGAAUGGAAGCAAAGGAUGGAUUAUCUGGGUAUCACUGGCUAUUAUGCUUGCUGAUUCCAUAAUCAACCUAGGUUGGCUCAUUGCUCGGACUCUGUACGAAUCCUUUCCCCGACUCGCAACGAAACUACAAUCACUACGGCAAAAUGGGAUCAAGAGACGUAACUCAAAUUUCCAUUCUCACAUCAGAUAUUCCACACUUCACUCGUCCUCCGAACCGGCACCCAUGCAUGAGAAUGAGGAUGAGGACGAAAAAGACGACGCCCCGGCAUCUGAGUUGAUAUCGUCUCGAACUGUUGCGAUUCUUCUUCCAGUCACACUGGUAUUAAAUGUUCUUUGCAUGCACAUAGCUUUUGGGGACAUCAUAUCGCCCUUUCUUUCAACGCUUGCCACCAUCCUAGCUGUUCUCCUCUCCAUAAUGGGCGUUCGAGCUCUCGGUGAAACAGACUUGAACCCGGUAUCUGGUAUCAGCAAACUCACUCAACUCAUAUUCUCCCUUGCCACUCCUGCAUCAAUGCACACCCGUCGUUCCGCCGUCGUCACAAAUCUGCUCGCCGGCGCAGUAUCCGAGGCCGGCGCUCUCCAAGCCGGAGACAUGAUGCAAGACCUCAAAACAGGCCAUCUCCUCGGUGCAAGCCCCAAAGCUCAAUUCUACGGCCAAGUCAUCGGUAGUCUCUUUGGCGCCGUUGUUUCAACAGCAGUAUACAAGAUGUAUGUCAACGUAUACCCUAUACCCAGCGACCAAUUCCAGAUCCCCACUGCGUUUGUGUGGAUUUUCACUGCUAGAUUAGUCACGGGCCAAGGUCUUCCACCAAUGGCGUGGCAAGCGGCAAUUAUCUUUGGUAUCAUAUUCGUGGUCACGACAGUCUUGAGGAUUAUAAGCACUUACAAGAAACCAUUCAACCAAUCCCCUCCAUGGCUUUCAUUCGUACCCGGUGGCAUCGCAGUCGCAGUGGGCAUGUUCAAUGUUCCUUCUUUCACGCUCGCACGCGCGAUUGGAGGAGCGAUUGCUUGGUGGUGGGCUCGGCGGAAUCGAAAGGAGGUCCAUGAAGAUACCAGCUUAUCUACUAAUCCAAUUGACCCAAACCCGACAUCCAUCCUUGCUGCUGGUUCGGCCACCGAAGAACAACAUGACGGGGAGGAAGAAGGAGAAGGGGCGGAAGACCACCAUCCGCUAAUCCAACGUCAAAAACAGCACACACCACCACCAGCAGUUGAAGACGAGUCAUCGUCUACUGUGGUUGUUCUGGCAUCUGGACUUAUCCUCGGUGAAGGAGUACUUAGCAUUCUCAAUCUAAUUCUAGCUAGCAUGGGCGUUCCCCAUUUAUAA